ACCGCCCCUGAUCCUUGUAGAAAAUAUAAGCUACAAGAAAUUUGAAAAGAAAUGUGAAAGAGCAAAUGCAUCAAAAUUCUGGGAAUAUGAAAAUGGCACUGUCACUAUAAUUGAGUUGCCAAGGAGAGAUCAUGAGAUUGCACAUGGUGAAUUCUCUAAACAAUUUUUAUCUGCUUUUCAUAAUGUGCCAUUUCAAGACCAAGUUAAUAAUGUUGGAUCAACAAAUAUGUACUUUUCAGUAUUUAGUUUGCAUGCAUAUAUUAUUGUAUCAAACCUAACUCUGUUGUAUUCAGCUUGCUAUACUCCAGGACAUGGUGGACACAGGGGAACUUAUAAACAGUCAGAUUCUUCAUUUGUACCAAACUUUCUGCCUAAACCAGCUCAAUAUCCAAGUGAUUCUGAGGGUAAUCCUUGGCCAACUGUCAUCGUUGAAGUGGCUAAUACCCAAACUUUUGCAAGUAUAAUCCAAAAGACCACUCAAUUCUGGUUGGCUCCAAAUCGAGUAGAAGAUGUUAUUAUAUUAAAAUUAUGGCAUUGGGAUUCAAGUAGGGAUCAAAAUGGAACCCCUUUACACCGUUUAACAGUUCACCCUCAAGUGCAUGGGAAUUACCAACCAGCUCAAGUGAUUGAAUUUGGAACAAUUGAUAGAAGUCAGCAACCAUAUGGAGGAUGCUCUGCUCCAGGAAUGCGCACUUUGAGUAUUUCACCUCAUUGCAUUUACAAGGGCUGUGCUUGUCAAAAUCCACCACUCUCACCAUACCCAAUUGCAAAUAAUGUAAUCAUUGAUUUAUUUUAUAUUCAGCAGAAAAUAUUUAGAGUUAUGUAA